AUGACGCCCACGAUUCCCGAAGCCAGACCGCUUCUAGAACCGGAUACCGGAACACACGGUGUUCCAGCGGAAAAACAAGCGACAGAAGGCGCAUCAUUGUCUUACGCACAAUCCGAAACUGCAGCUCUAGAAGAAACCAGGCAUAAAGAUCGCGAGUCUAUUGGGGAAAGGCUUGCAAUUCAGCACCACACUCCGGAAGCCGAUACAAAGGAAGUGAAACUUGCAACCGCCAGCGUUGCGGCUGUUAAGGAAGAAAUAGCAAUACAUCAAGUUGCGCAAAAAACUGCGCAACCUCUCGCACAAGUCACAAUGCCUGACGCAUUAGUAGUUGCGAUGGACAAAAAGUCGGGAUCUGUCAUUUCAGUUACAGAAGAACAGGUUACUGAAAUCCCCGACGCUCUGUCUGAUAUGACGCCCGCCACAACAGGAACAGUCCAAUGGGUUACCGAUGACGCCAAGUUCAAAAAGCUCCAACACCCGACGACCGAUAAAGCACCGGAACAUGAAUUUACGCCAUUAACCGAGCAACAAAUCACCGAAAUGCUCCAGAUUUGGACUGAAGAUCAACUACUGUUGAAACCAAGCCACGCAACUGCUGUUACAGAAUCAAGAUCAAUGUCACCGACUGAACGAGCGCAAAGACAACAAGGUUUACAGGCCUUAGAGGUACCCGGCAUAGAAGUCAGGUCAGCGGGAGACUUCAGCUCUGAAGGUGCUGCCGUUCUUGUUGAUGUUGAGGACGUGGACGAAGAACACGAAUACCACGAGGAAGUGCGAGAAAAGCGCUCGACUUCAAUCGCAUCCAUGCUGAGAGAAUCGCCAGCAACUAUAAUGGCACAGCUAAACGUCGCUUCAUCAAAGCCUGAAUCGCCGGCCGAAAGAGAAGGCGAAGCAGUGUUGGAGCCCAGAUUUCACACGCCGAAUUCGGAAGAGGAACUUGACAAAGCCAUGAUUGCAGGUGCCAUCACGGAUCUCUCUACAUUACCAGAAGAAGUUACCAAAUCUCUUACAGACAUCACAGAAGCGACAAUCACAGGACCCCUUCCAGCGUUACGUCAAUCCAGUGCCCCAGACCUUCAAGGUUUCCAGGAAAGAGAGCCGGAAACAGCAGCACUCAAAGCGCAUGAUCAAAUCGCGGAAGUAUCCACUGCUGAUGCGGUCGCUGAGAAACCACUUCCGGCAACUCUUGCAGAAAGGCCGUCAAGUGGUCAAGCCUUAGAACCACCUUCCGAAGACGCCACUCUAUCAUCUGCGCCUUCCGCGUACAUCGAUACUACACCAUACAUGGCAGCGUGUCCAGUGGAGCCGGCUCCAAUUGUAGCUCGACCAGAAGUGGCUGGUUUGCUACAGGAAAACAUCGUCGUAAAAGCAGGACCUCGGGUUGAGCCCCCGAUGUCUGUAUCGACGGCCGCUGGUAAAGAAGAGAGGGAACCAGAGCCAGCAGUGGAGCCAGCUCCAAUUGUAGAGCGACCGGAAAUGGUUGGUUUGCUGCAGGAAGGCAUCGUCGCAAAAGCGCCUCCUCAAGUUGAGGCACCGAUGUAUCUGACAAGAUCUACUGCUGAAGCUGAGAAGUUACCCGAACCAGCAGUGCAGCCAGCUGUAAAUGUAGAGCGGCCGGAAGUGGCCCGCUUUCUACAGGAAGACAUCACCGCCAAAGCGCCUCCUGAAGUAGAGGCCCCAGUGUCUAUAACGACUGCCACUGCUGAAGGUGAAAGGAAACAUGAACCGGCAGUGAAACGAGGCCUAAUUGUAGAGCGACCGGAAGUGGCUGGUUUGCUACAGGAACGCAUUACUACGACUACGCCUCCUAAAGUUGAGGCUCCAGUGUAUCUAACAACAGGUACUGCUGAAACUGGGCAUAAACCCGAACCAGUAGUGGAGCCAGCUCCAAUUGUAGAGCGACCGGAAGUGGCCGGUUUGUUACAGGAAGACGGUUCCGCGAAAGCGCCUCCUGAAGUAGAGGCCCCGGUGUCUAUAACGACGACCACUGCUGAAGGUGAGAGGAUACAUGAACCAGCAGUGGAGCCAGCUCCAAUUGUAGAGCAACCGGAAGUGGCUGGUUUGCUACAGGAACGCAUCGCUACGACUACGCCUCCUGAAGUUGAGGCUCCAGUGGAUCUAACAACAGGUACUGCUGAAACUGGGCAUAAACCCGAACCAGUAGUGGAGCCAGCGCCAAUUGUAGAGCGACCUGAAGUGGCCGGUUUAUUACAUGAAGAAAGUGCCGCGAAAGCGCCUCCUGAAGUAGGGGCUACGGUGUCUAUAACGACGGCCACUGCUGAAUGUGAAAGGAAACAUGAACCAGCAGUGGAGCCAGCUCUAAUUGUACAGCGAUCGGAAGUGGCCGGUUUGCUACAGGAAGACAUCGCCGCAAAAGCUACUCCUGAAGUUGAGGCUCCAGUGUAUCUAAUGGCAGCUACUACUGAAGCUGAGAAGGAACUCGCACCAGAAGUGGAGCCAGCGCUAAUUCUUGAGCGACAGGAAGUGGUCGGUUUGCUGCACGAAGACAUCGCCGCGAAUGUACCUGCCGAAGGUGAGGGCCCGGCUGAGAAGGAACUCGCACCAGCGGUGGGGCCGACGGGCACUGCUGAAGCUGAGAAGGAGCCCGAAACAGCAGUGGAGCCAGCGCUAAUUGUAGAGCGUCCAAAAGUGGCCGGUUUGUUACAGGAAUACAUCUUCGCGAAAGUGCCUCCUAAAGUAAUGGCUCCAGUGCAUAUAACGACGGCCACUGCUGAAGGUGAAAGGAAACAGGAAACAGCAGCACCUAAAAUGUCUGAUGAAAUCACUUCCGUGAUCACUCAGGAGCCACAACAGGCGACGAUUCCUGAAAAGCCUCCAGCCAUCGAACACCUAGGAGAGGAAAAUUUAAAACCGCCUUCCGAAGGCGUAAUUGCGCCCGCUGCCCCGUCCUUGUACGUCAAGACAACAGUGGCGUAUCCACUCGAGCAAGCGCGAAUUGUAGCUCGACCAGAAAUGGUUGGACAGUUGCAAGAAAUCCCGGAAGUUGCUACAGAACCAACUAAGAUGAAACUACUAGCGUUAACCAUUCUAAACCCACAAGAACCUGUCGAAGCGCCUAACGCUGCCACACUUGUCGAAGAGGCACUGCCGUUAGCCAUUGCUACGGACUCACGGUUAGCUAUAGAGCACAAGCCUGUCGAACAAACUUGUGGUGAGGCGGCCCCCUUUGUGCGGCAGUAUGCGGAAGAAAGCACACUGCCGGCUAUUGUUGCUGUAGAUGCUAAGCGACGAGAAUCCUUUACGCGGAAGCUUUCCGAAACAGCUGUUGCAGUUGUCGAAGAGGCACAGCCAUUAGCCAUUGCUACGGACUCACGGUUAGCUAUAGAGCAAAAGCCUGUCGAACAAACUUAUGCUGAGGCGGCCCCCUUUGUGCGAAAGUAUGCGGAAGGACGUGCACUGCCGGCUAUUGCUGCUGUAGAUGCUACGGGACCAGAAUCUUUUACGCGGAAGCUUUCCGAAACAGCUGUUGCAGUUGUUCUUGAAAAACUUCCUUACUCAGAAUUUAUGCCUAUUUUGGAAACGCAUCCAAAAGAGGCCCCGUUGUCAAUUAUUUCUCAGCAAUCUCCAGCGCCAUCAGACGUUUUGCCUGAAACGCACGAAGAGAUGCCUUUGCCGCAAGUCUUGCCGAAAUCACCGGCUGAUCAAGCUGCGGCUGCGACAUUUGCUCCUACAGAGCCUGAAGAAAUACUUGCAACAAAAGCCAAUAUGGUGUGCGCACGAGACGUGCUCGAUGAAGAACAGCUUCGAAAAGUGGUGGAAGAAUCCAUGUCACUAUUGAAGAAGCCCGUAGAAGCAGUUCCGACAUUUUCACAAGUAAUCGCAACUACUUAUGAAAUAGUCCCAAUGGCUGAUGAAACGCGAGUACAAACUGCCGAAGAAGCAGUUCCCGAAAUUCUGCCUGUUUCGCUGCCAGGAAUAUCGGUGGUGCAAGCGCACACGGAAAUGAGUCGUGCGGGAGACACGCAAUUGGCGAUUCCCGAGAUAGAGCAAGCUCCGGCAGUUACCACGGAAAUGCAGGAAUUACGAUUAACACCCGUGUCGGCAAGGGCCGAAGAGCCGAUCGAAAAACUUUCGCAAGGGAUUCCCGCUAUGCCGGCUGUGGAGCCUCAUUCUGGACUCGCGUCACAGCUUUCUCAAGUGGAGCCAACGUCCUUAGCGGUUGCAGGAGCAAAGGGAUCACUAGCCGUUGCGAAGCUAGCCGCCCCGCAUACACAGCCCUCUGCUGCAAAACCGGAACUCACUGAACAGCCUCAAAAGUCACUUGCAAAGGAAGAACAAUUGCCGUUCUUGCCUUCCCCUGAACCCACUACCACAGCAGCCUCACUCGAUAUAGCAGAAGCAGCGCUGCAGUCGGCCAUAAAGGUAGUAGAAGAAAAGGUUCGAGAAGCGGCUGCAGCGGCUGAACGCGACGCAAAGAAAGUUGAGGAGGAAAAAGAAGCAGCGUCAGUUACCGCCGUGUCCGCGCCACCGAUUGAAGUCGUCGAAUCCGUCAGUGCGAUCCCCGGAAUAGAACCAACCCAGCCCGUCGGUCAGCCACUUUCUGGUUUAAUCGACGACAUGCGAGCCGAGGCUCCAGGAGUUAGUGAGUCUGAGUUGGCCAUAGCCGAAGCGCUCAGGGCAUCGAGGGAAGAAGCUCGCAUGAGAGAAGAGCAGCGAAGGGCCCUCGUUCAAGGAAUUGUCGCCGAAGCGGUUCGACCCCAACUCGAGCAGCACGAAGCGGAGGUUGUCUCACUCGAGAGCCUGGCUCGACCGCUCAUCUCCGAACGCGAAAUGGACCAGGCCCAAAUAUCAGGUACCGUCCUUCCGCCGUCGGAGACCAAGACGUACGCCGAGUUCCAGAAGUCGCUGAAGGCGUCCUCAGCUACGACUGUACCGAGAACGGCCGCCGUGGCCUUAAGACGCUCGACGCCAGACCACGCAGUCGCUGUACCUGACGCCGAACCAUCGAAAGGGCACGCGGAUAUCGGCGAAAGUGUGACUGUGAUCGAACCAGCACUGCAGCGGCAGCUCGGAGAAAAAGACAAGGAAGAGAUCCGAGAGCUAGCAGUGGCCGCCGUCAUGGUGGCGGCCGCGUCUGCAGUCGUGAACGCGCAGCAGCAGCGUGAGAUAUCUGCGCUUCAAGAGCCCUCGGAGACGGGUUCCAUGGUCAGCGCCCCCUCCGAAAUACCAAUCGCAUCCACCGUCUCGCGAGAGAUCCGGCAGAAGAUUACCGGCGAGCUCGAGAUGUUGCCGAGCGCAUCACGCACCGCACUCGUCGCCGUGCUCGCCGCCCAGCCCCCGCGGGAAACCGAUGUGCCCAACGCCAUCGCGGGGCCGCCUAGCACCACUUCGACCAGCGGGAGCACGGAGGACGCCGGCAGGCUUCGGCGGGACUCGAGCCGAGACCGGUCGGAGGACUUCCGAGUGCCGGAGACGCUGGUACCCGCGCUGGACGAUGAAAUUCACGUGCCGCGACCGACUUCCUUCAACGUUCCCGUCAUAAACAUCCAGUACAACUUCCAUUUCCCGCAACCUGGCUCCCCCGGAGCCCCUGGUCGACAGUCACCGCCAAGCCCAGAGCAAUCCAUGGCUGCUCAGGUGCUCCAAGGAGCGCUGGCACAGCAGGGAAUGGCGGGGCACAUUCCGGGCCGCCACAUUCUCUCGCCCGAGCAGGCAGCUCUCCGAGAGAUGACCGAACGGCUAAACCGAGUUGCGCUCCACGGGUCGGAGCCUUACACCGGGCGCCAAAGCCCCGGUAGGGGAACUAUGUUCCGACCGCUUCCCAGAAAGCCCGUGCCUCCCGUACCACCGCUUCUGCCUCCGGGCGACGACAUGACAGCGCAGGAACGCAAGAGGGUGUGCGGGUUCCGCUUCAUCGUGUGUUUGCUAGCGUUCCUCAUGAUAGUCUUCAUCCUACUCUACUGCCUCGGUCUUAUAGGGAACAAGCGGUACUUUAUGUAUUAUGGCUGAAGAACCGCCGCCGCAAGAUUCUGGGACGUAAAGCAAGUUUCCCCUAGACGGCGACAUGCCGUGAGACAAAGCGUCAAGCUUCGACGAAACGUCGCUUACUGAAUGGUGCGGAAGGUGUCAGAUGAGCACCGAUGAAACGCCUCGGAAGCGAAGCUCCCUUAAGUUCAUUAUCACGCCUUCAGUUGCCCACCAGCGUGCUUCCACUCCACCCGGGAGACCCAGAGGAAAGUCGCCAGCGUCUAGCCACGGCGAAACCCGGAUUGAAACCUGUGCUGCAAGGCUGGUGUAGAAUCCAAGCUACAGAAGACCCAGCCUCGAAUCAUUACGGCCCGUGCAUCGGUGAACAGCCAUCACAGCGGCAGAAAUAAAGUUUCGACGUAU